AUGAAUGAUGAAUUGUGUGGAAAAUUAAAUCUUUUGAGGAUGCGUUUACCCGAUGAAUUAAGUGGAAACGCAAAAAUUGAAUUUAACGAAAUUCAAGAUUUCCAAAAGUACUGCCCUAAUAAAAGCUGCAAUACUGAACUCGAACAGAUUGCGAUUGGAUUUUUAUGGUUACUUGGAGAAUAUUUUACUAAAUACCCAACUAAAAGUGGUGUUAUAAACUAUAACGAACCAUUUUUUCUAUAUAUUAUUUUAUGGUUAAGUUACAAAUUAAAUCAGAACACAGAGAAAACAUUCACCACAAUAAACGAUUUUUAUACUAAUCAUGUAAAAAAUGGUGGCAAAUAUGGUAAUUUUAAUAGUGAUUCCAUUAGAUUUACAAGUUUUGAUGAAUUCAUAGAGAAACAUAAAGAUUUGUUGAAUACUGAUAUUAAAGAUCUUUCUAAAUUUUAUGAUGCAUCCAAAUUAAUAUGUAAUAUGUAUGGUAGUGUUGCAAAGAAUCAAACAGGCGAAACACUAUCAAAUGAUGCUACUAGUUUUGUUCAAAAAUACACAGAUUUAAGCAAUAAAUAUAAUAAUGAAAGUGCCAUACAUCUUCAAAUAAUGCCCGCUUUAUUAGGUGAUUAUAAUAAUUUAAAUAAGCAAUGUAGCAAUAUUCCAUCUUUUUCAGAGAUAGAAUCAAAAAUUUCUGCACUAACAUCUGAAGAUACAUCAUCAAGUUCGUCGAUAGGAAAAAGAUUAUUUACAGUUUUAUCAAUAUUUGGUGCAAUAGCAUUUUUUUGGGGAAUUUCUUAUAAGUAUUCGUUAUUUGGAUUUCGGAAACGAGCUCAAAAACAACAUUUAAGAGAGAAAAUAAAAAAAAUAAAGAAGAAAAUGAAUCAUUAA